AUGGCGGGUUGGUUCUCAUCUGCUUCGCCGCUCGAUGAGCAGAUCGAGAAGGCUACAGCGUCGUCCUUGGAGGAUAUUGCAUUGAAUCUGGAGAUAUCCGACCUCAUCCGUUCCAAAAGCGUUCAACCGCGAGAUGCAAUGAGAUCGCUGAAGCGACGGCUUGAAAAUAAGAAUCCUAACAUACAACUGGCUACUCUCAAGUUGACAGAUACAUGCGUCAAGAAUGGCGGCUCCCAUUUCCUCGCCGAAAUCGCAUCCCGUGAAUUUAUGGACAACCUAGUUUCUCUGCUGAAAUCCGAUAGCGUAUCCCUCAACUACGAAGUCAAACAGAAGAUGUUGGAACUAAUUCAGAGCUGGGCGUUGGCAUCUCAAGGAAGGCUGGAACUUAUCUAUCUCGGAGAAACCUAUCGAAAGUUACAAAAUGAAGGAUUCAGUUUUCCACCUAAGAGCGACAUCGCUAGCAGCAUGCUCGACAGUAGUGCGCCCCCCGAAUGGAUCGAUUCCGACGUUUGUAUGCGCUGUAGGACCGCUUUCAGUUUCACAAAUAGAAAGCACCAUUGCCGGAAUUGUGGCAAUGUCUUUGACGCACAGUGCUCUAGCAAGACUCUACCUUUGCCUCAUCUCGGUAUAUUGCAGCCUGUACGAGUAGACGAUGGCUGCUAUGCCAAACUUACGUCGAAGACUUUCCUAUCGAGUAGCAUCUCCGAGCGAUCGACAUUCAAGAACCAUUCCAUCACCAAGAACAACGCAGCAAUGGAACCGCGAGCUGCCCGAGCCGAUUCCAGUUUUGAUGAAGACUUGCGGAGGGCCCUCCAGAUGAGUUUGGAAGAAGCUGAGGGACGUGGAGGCUCUGGUUAUGCACCUCAACCAAAACCGUCUGAAACGAAAACUACAAAGAUCCCUGAGACCAACGAGGAGGAAGACGCCGACUUAAAGGCCGCCAUUGCAGCAUCUUUGAAGGACAUGGAAGAGCAGAAGCAGAGGCAUACGGAAGCAUUGAAGAGCUCGGCUGCUACAAACUUGCCUUCAGACGGUACCUUGAGUGCGGCUGCACUACCCAAGAACCCAUAUGAACUUAGCCCGGUGGAAGCGGAGAAUAUCAGUCUAUUCGCGACUCUCGUUGAUCGUCUUCAGCACCAACCUCCGGGUACUAUAUUGCGUGAACCGCAAAUUCAAGAGCUUUAUGAGAGCAUAGGUGCUUUAAGGCCAAAACUGGCUCGUACUUAUGGAGAAACAAUGAGCAAACAUGAUACACUUUUGGAUCUUCACUCAAAACUUUCUACUGUUGUGCGAUAUUACGACCGCAUGCUCGAAGAACGUCUCUCGAGCGCCUAUUCUCACCAUAACAUUGGGCCAUACGGCUCAGCGCCUCCAGGUGCACAACCGUACAAUAAAUAUCCAGCACUGGCUCAACGCCAGCCCGAGGGUGCUGGCGGAGCUGAAAAUUUUUAUCUCUCAAACACGAUUCCGGACCAGUAUAACUCGAAUAUUCAACCUCAACGUACCGCAUCCAGUUACAGUACAGCCACUCCAGGUCAAGGAGUCAGCAGCCCUAGCCCUUAUCCACAGUUGAACAGUGAAUAUGGAAACACUCAAUCGUCGCCGCCCCCAACAGACAUCAAGCCAUAUACAAGUCAAUAUAGCUCGAUCCCGGCGGGACCUACUGGUGCCUACGUGCCUCCCGGUCAGUUCACCCCCGCAUUGCAUGCAGAGGGCGAGUCGCCGUAUCAACAACCUCAACUCGCUAGGCGCGAUUCUCAAUACUCUCAGCCUGCAAAUGUUCCUGCUCAAUACGGACCUAAUGAGCCCCAAUAUUCAAAUUACCCACCUCAAGAGCCUGCCCAACAGGCCGGCCACGAUCCUUCUGUGUACCAAUACCAGCCUCCUGCGCAAUCAUAUCAUCAACCUUACUCUCAGCAGCCUCCCAAGCAACCAGUGGAAGGACCCUAUCCAGCCUACCCUGGAGCUCCGGCUGGCGCUGGCCAUCCUGUUCAGUCGCACCUACCAGAAACCACUGCGCCCAAGCCAGUAGUUGAAGAGAGUUUAAUAGAUCUUUGA